GCCAGCCUUGUGAAAUCACAGUCACGAGCGGGCGCUGUAAUUACGGAUGCGCAUGACCUGUAACGCCGAGGCGGUGGUGUUUUUUGGUGGAGUGCAGGCGUACAUCGUGCAUCUCAAACGCAAAUAGCGACGAAAGCAAAGUGUCCUCGUGACAGUAGUCGGUUUCUUGUUCACUCCAUCUCCACGAGAGUCGUUUGCCAUUAAAAAAAAAACAGAAAAUUAAAUUGUUUCUCACCAAUCUUGCUGCGUGGGGACAUCUGUUCAGCCGCAAUAAAUCGUCAGCGAGCCUACAUUGGCGCACACGUGCGGGUAGCUGUACACGGGCGUGGACGCACGCCCCCGCUUCAGCCCGCGAGCUCUGCGCAACACGGCUCGUCAUCACGGGCGAGCAGCAGCAGGAGGAGCAGGAGGAGCAGGAGGAGAGGGGGUGAGAGUCCGUGGUGACGCGGGGCUUGUAUAAAAGCCGCGACGCCAAGAGAGUGCUCCAGCUACCGCAGAGGCUGCCAACCACGACUCUGCCCCUCCUGCUCCAGCUACUCCCCUCCCAGCCCCCCGCUCCCCCCCCCCCACCUUUAUAUAUCCAUCGCUCCCCUCCCAUUUUCUCCUCUCGCUCCGUCCGAUCUCUUGCCGGAGCUCGGAGACUCUGUCCGAGUGCCAUGCGCUCCUGGGAGGGUGCCUCGACGCGCGUCCUCGUCACCCGCAGCCCUCAAGAACUCCCCGGGCUGAUUCGCCCAGAGGGCUCCGCUCGCUGAGGAUCCGCUCGCCUCCUCUGCCGGCGGUACGCGCCUCAAUCUCUCUACCCCCCCGCCCCUCACCCCGUCCAUCUCAAAACCAACGGUCACCCUCAACCCGGCGGACACCAUGAACGUCUCCGAUUUUCUGGACAUCGCCGUGUUCUCGGCCGCUCUCGCGAACUCGUCCAGCGCGGCGGACGGCAACGGCACCGCGGUGCGACUGGGCUCCACUCUGUGCUGCUUAGAGAACGCGACGGCGGGCGGGCAGGUGCCGCCAGCCGCAGGAGACGGAGGCGGUCCCCUCGGCCCCCUCGCAGACGCGGGCCGCCUCUACAUGUUCCGCCUGACCCAGAUCGCCGUGAUGUGCGUGCUGUCGCUGACGGUGGUGUUCGGCGUCUUCUUCAUCGGGUGCAACCUGCUCGUCAAGUCGGAGGGCAUGGUCAACCUUCUCGUGCGGGAGCGGCGCCACUCCAAGGACGUGGAGGCGGUCAUCGUGAGGACUUAACCCGCCGGAGGGGUGGGGGUCGUUUGGCCGCAGAAGGUGGAGCAUGACACGAGUGCCGCCGAGCAGAAGAAGCGAUCGUCCUCGUGAAGAGCGCGACUCGACACGGAAGAAGCGAGGAUGCGUGUCCACGGUGCCGAGCAGAGCGCGCCUGGCACGUGAAGAUCUAAGCGCGACAACGGCUGUCGCGACAACAGCUGUCGCGACAACGCGAGACUCGAGCGAUCGCGCGCGUGUGCGCGUGUGGCUGGAGGCGAUGUGCAUUCCAAACUCGCCUUAGCGGUGCGAGUUAAACGGUUUUUGCCCCCCCCCCCUUUAUCUGCGUCAUGCGUAAAAUUCGACGCGUCAAGUGUUCGUGGGAGUUGCGUGUGUACGCGUCUUACGUGAAUGCGUGUUUGUGUGCGCGCAGUGGUUAGAGCACUUCGAUAUGAACUCGUUCACCGGCGUUCGAUUCCCAGUCACAAACCAAGAACAGUGGGGAAUAUUUAAACCGGUCCUGGGCCUCCCCCAAGGUCGACUCAAGAUUGAAUAAUGAGUACCUGGUGCGGUGUGUAAAUAUCAGCACUCAGGAGACAAAGGCGGUAGGGCGUGGUGCUGGCCCACCCACCCCCUCGUGUGCCGUGCCGGCCUUCAUAAGUGAUCGUUAACAGCACUCGCCCCAACAGUCUGUUGAAGGCUACACGGGGGGGGGGGGGAUCUUCGUCUCGUGCGCGCGCGGUACGGACGCGCGUUGCGCAUGCGCAUGAUGGAUCUGUUUUUUUGGCGUCGCGAGUGGUGUCCGUAACGAUCUCGCAAACGAGCGAAUAAAAUUUGUGCGUGGAGAAA